UAAAGAGCGCAGAGCGGAGAGUCCUCUCCAAGUGUGCGUCCUCUCGCCGCCGGGAUUACUGUUUCCUCUCCGUCCGGACAGAGCUGCUCUCUCAAUGAAGCUUGGUUCUUCUUCGUGAUUUCUUCGCCAUGAGCUGCCUGGAUGUGAUGUACCAAGUGUUUGGUCCUCAGCCUUAUUUCAGCUCCUACAGCCCCUAUCACCACCAGAAGCUGGCCUUGUAUUCCAAAAUGCAAGACCCCCAGGAGAGCGGCAGCCGGCUCGGCCCCCCGGGGCCCCCGUCCAUCAAAGAGGAGGACAAGGAGCUGCCGCCGGGUGCCGAGUACCUGAGCUCCCGCUGCGUCCUCUUCACCUACUUCCAGGGCGACAUCAGCACGGUGGUGGACGAACAUUUCAGCCGAGCCCUGAGCCAGACGACAGCAUACCCCUCCUCGAGCAGCCACAAGGCCGUAAGAGACGGAUCAUUUCCUAUGAGCCAGAGAAGUUUCCCUCCGUCCUUCUGGAACAGCUCCUACCAGCCGUCGGUCUCCUCCACGCUGGGCAGCGCUCUGUCUGCUCCCCACACAGAGCUCUCCUUCUCAGGGGACCCUUACUCCUCCGCCUCCCUGCACAGCCACCUCCACCAGCCCAGCCCCGACGCCUGGCACCCGUCCCACCACCACCACCAUCACCACCACCACCCUUACUCAUUAGGCAGCGCUAUUAGCACCCAGAGCUCCGCCUACCCACGUCCUGGCGUUCACGAGAUGUACGGCUCGGCGUUUGACCCGCGGUACGGCUCGCUGCUGGUCCCGUCGGUGAGGUCGCACCAUCGGCUGACGUCCGGCAGCUCGGUGCCGGGGCCCAGCGCUUCGCCCUGCGACCUCGGGGGGAAGGGAGAGUCUGGGACGGGGUCGGCCUGGAGCGGCGCCUUCACCGGAGCUGGAGCAGAGAUUGGACUCAACAUGGACGCAGGUCUGCAGGCACAGGAUAAGAGCAAGGAUUUGUAUUGGUUUUAAAGACCGCUGAGACUCUCCCCCCUCCCCUCCUUCUCUCCUCCUUCAGCUGUAGCCUCUUUCCUCCACUCCUGUUGUACUCUGUUGCUCUGCUGCUGUUAUGGGAUGACUGACAGAGAAACUGAGUGGCAAAAAAAUCGGUGAGACAGCAGUUUUUAGUUGUUGUUUUUUUUUUUUCUGUAAUGGCUUCUGGUCUACUUACAGCUCUGUGUUACGGCGGACUGUGCAGCAGCAGCGCAGCCCUGCUGAGCUGAACGCCGACAGUGUGGAUACAAAGCGAGUGUGGAAACAAAAGUGGACUCGCAGAGAAGAGAGAGAGAGAGAGAAUCUGAUCCUGAUGGAUCUGGACAAAGACAAGACUCUUUGUGCUUCUGUAACAGGCAGGGACAACAUUCCUAAACCGGAAAAAGUCUGGGGACAGACGGACAGAGACACAUGUGUUGCCGGACUCCAAAGACAUGCGCUUGAAGGACUUGGCAGGACUUGCCUCAGUUGGGCAACUGGACUCAGACACUGGGAGUGUGUUAUGGCUGGAGGGAAGGCGCUGUGGCUGUUCAGGAGGCCGCACAGCAAGAAUUUGGCAGAAGACGAAGGCACGAGGAGUCCAGACACUUUGUUUUACAAGGAGUAAUGUUCCAACUGGACAACACGGCACAGCACAAAUUAAAUGAACAGCUUUGGAUGGAUCUGAACUCAUAUCAAUACAUAUUUAAGCCAUGAUUCCAACUACAAACCUUAUCUGUGCCCUUAUUGUAUCCCACAUACUGAUUCUAUGGAGGAAUCGAGACUGGUUUCACGUGGGACGUUACAUGUCACGACAUAAAGCAUGCUCAUACUAAAUCCUCUUUCUGAGUGUUUCUGCCGGUGUCAUUGAUGUAAACCAUGGUCCUACAGAGCACUGCACAAAGCACAAUUUGGAUGGUGGCCACGCACUAGAACAAAGAAAAACACAUCUUCAGAAAACAUCUUAUUUUCUCUCUUUGAAGUCAUAUUUUGACGGAUAUAUUUCUGGUAUGAAACAGAAAAGCACAUUCACUUCCUGUAUUGUAUUACAAAUAAUAUAUAGCACACACUGUGUACUAUUAAGCAGUACAGGAUAGGAACACAGUUUGCAUUUGGGUGCUGCAUUCACAUCUCAGUACGCAUGGAUUUGGUGAUUUAAAGAGCUAAACUGCAUUUCAUAAAUGAAUUAAAGCUUUGAAACCCUCGGUUACUGAUUAACUGAUCUAUACCGAUUAUACUAUACAAGUGACUGCUUUUCUUGUGAUAGACAAAGUUUUCCCAGCCUCUCAAAGGGAGAGUAUGCGAUUCUAAUCUGGUAAUUGUGGAAUUAGGAAAUAUCUCUCCCCUGUCCGCUAGCUGUCUGUUCGGUUUGUGGCAUUUGUACACAGACCUGACUCAGACAUCAGAUGAUCCUCUAAACACUAUUCUGUCGUGUCCUGUGCAGGUUUAUGCUCGUACUACUGGUAAAAGGAGGGGGAGGGGAGCAGGAGGGAGAUUUGGCAGAGAGAGCAAGAGGGAUGGUAAAUCUGCCACAUGGUCACUAUCUCAAUAUGCUAGCUUGGGAUAAUGAGGAAUCGUUAAUCGAUUAAAUCUCAGUUAUUAAUUGCCCUUCGAUGUGCAGUUCCAUGUUUACAAUCAGAGAACACUGUGAGGGGUUCACCAGCAACAGGCACCAUGACAAACACUUCUGUGGUGGUUUAUAGAGUCCAGCCAGAACUUAAAGGGCUGGAGUCCACUAGAGCAGCAGUUCUGCAGCUGAGUGGAGAAUGAAACAAAUCAGCUUUAGUGAGGAAUGCGAUCUAUUCGACUAUCAGUUACGAAGAUUGGUUUAAAUCUGCAUGCCUAAUGCUAACUAACUACAGAUCAACAAUCGUCCCCCAGAAACACCAACUUUAUGCUGUUCAUUUAAAAAAGAGAUUAAUCACUAAUGAUCAGAAUGGACGUCAUCAGCUCUGAUUUAAACAAUAUGUGAUGCAGACCUUUUCAUUUCUCUGCCACAUUCUCAUUAAUGACGCAUAUAUUUUUGAUGUAUAAAUCACCAAAUCAAUGCUUGCUGCAAAAAUAUUGACAACUGCUUCAAUCUAUAAUUAACUAUAUUCAACAAAGAUAACUGAUGUUACAGACAAAGCUCCAUAAAGUUCCAAUAGUCAUACAUUAGAUAAGGCAUGUGGCUGGAAAACUGAUGUAGGAGGUUGAAAGCAUUUUUUGUGACUGCAUAGAAUAUUUUCUGUCAAACUGUCUGAUGGGCCAAUAACCAGAACCUCUCAUCUCCUGCUGAUGCACUAAAGGCUGAAUAUUCCUACAACAGCAGCACCAUGAGCACACCUCUACACUUCACUGCAGAGUGGACCCAACUCUUUGCUUUGGACAUUUCAUGAAACAGUAUUUUUGUGGUGAAAGCAGAGAUUUCAAAAACAUCUCCAUGACUGUGUCAACCGAAGAAAUGUAAACUUCACACCAGGGGCUGCUGAAAGAGAGAGAGAGAGAGAGAGGAGGGGUCUCUCUGAUGAAUGAGGAGAACGACGGCUAUUUGAAGCCACUUGACUUUUUCUCUCUGUGCUCUCAUGCAGCUGUCAACGACAACUGCUCUUCAGCUCGCUGAACACACACAUGCACACACACCGUCCCACUGUGCAGUGCUCGAGCCAGGCCUAUGAACUUAAUAAAGGGAGCAUUUAGUGUGAGCUGAGUCCUGCCCUACUGGGACAACUGGUGCGAUGUAAGCGGAGGGAGCAGAGGACACACACAACUGUCAAAAAGUCAUUUCUGAGUGUGGAUGCAUGUGCAGGCAUGUGUGUGUUUCUAUACUUACAAGGACCACAUUUUUCAAUCAGCACGAAAAAUGAAAAAAAUUCAGGUAUUGUUUUAUUGUUCUCACAUUUUCACUAAAUCAAAGAUUAGAAGCUUAACGAUUAGAGUUAGAAGAUAUUGCCGGCAUUAUUUUAGAUUCUUAUUUUUGUCAACAAACUCUUGCUGGGAAUAUAUAGUCUGUAUGGCAUCAGUCUAAUAUACUAGCUUCUGUCAUUCUGUGGUCCAAAUCAUAUGAAAGAGACAAAUUCCUUCCAAAUUCCAAAUUCCCUGUCAGAGAAGUUUAGUUUUUCUAUCACAGAUGGACCCACAUGUCGAUCAAGGCUCAGUGCCAGGUCACACCAGAAACACGGAACAGGAAAAUUCUUUUGUUGCCUCAAAGACCUCAAUAACCUCGUCAGAGGUUAAAGAUAGCAAAAAAAAAAAGUGCAUAUCAGAGUUAACCAAAAUGAAAUUCUGCACAAAAGCAUCAAAGAAAUUUCACCAAAUCAAACUUAUUAAACAAACAUAUUUGAUUUCAGGCUAAAAUUUCACAGUUAAAAUACUAGUGUGACUGCAUCCUUGCACUGAGUUUAAUAAACUUUAACCCAACACCAACAACCACUAGUUCACUUCUUCACGCCGUUUGACACCACCAACCCAACCUCCUCCUUAUAGCUCAUUUACAAUAAAUAAGAUCUAUUACUUGUGUCUCUUCAUUAAAGAGGAUAUUGUUGAAAUUAGGAACAACUUUCUUCAACUCUAACAGUGCAACUACUUUCUACAAUCUAUCAGUGUCUUCAUAUCACUGUAAAGCAACAGAGUGGCUCUCUUAUGUGGUUUUGGGGUGACUUUAGUCGAACAAUAUGACACUGUGGCUGCACACAAUGUUUAAAUAAAUCACUCAUUGGUUUGGGUCUUUUUGAGAACACACAAAAAAUGUUGUCAAAAUCAAAACAGCUCUUCUCCGUUACUUCGUGCUCUUCUCACCAAAAGUUUGUGGCCACCUUUCCUUCAUCAGAGUGUAGGUAAGUGGUCUCACGUUGGGUAACUUUGCCAACAGUGACAAAAUAAUGAAGCGCUUAAGAAGCUAGGGUCUGAUUAAAUGGACAUAAAUGAACUCGUUGCAAGUGUAGCAAUCUGUUAUCAUGUACUGUGUGUGUACGCGUGUCUGAACAGACUCUCUCCAUGACAAACUGUGAUCGUAUCUACUCUGUCCUUUCUUUCUUCCAGGUACAUACUGUAAAUCAACAGCCACAGCAUGCAGCAGUGUUCUAUGUGAAUAUAUUAAUAUAUUGCCUAAAGUAUUGUUUCUGUUGAUCUCGCUCCAGUGUAAAGUCUUUGUAUGUAUUUGCUGUUCGCCUGUAACUAUAAACUAACGGCACUAUCGAGCUCAAAGAAGUCUUGGCUCUCUUCUCAGUGGCUGCUGCUGUGUCAUUUUCUGGAAGCGAUGUCUGAAAAUCUAUGAAAUGCCAAAAAGGUUUCAAUAUAGUUUACUACUGAGUAAAUAAAGCACUGUUUGAUGUUAGAAA